CGGCGCGCUGGGUCCCCCGACCCACUGAAUCCCUCGGCGGUUUGGGUGUCCUCUGUCCGGCGACCUGUCCCUGUGCCCGCUGUGCCUGCCCUGCCGCCGCGGCCACUCCACGCAGGAGACGCCGGCGACUUGGUAGUUGGAGCCCCUCGAAGAUGAAGACACUGAGAGAGAGUUGAAGUGAGUUGUCCAGGCAGAGAAGAAGCUGGAACCCAAUUCUGCCUGUCUCCAAAGCUCCAUAUGGAUAGCGUUCGAGCACCCCGCUCUGCCUCGGGGGCCCAGGCUGCACUAUCACCCCAGCUCUCACUGCUGACGUGAAGCCAUGAGCUGUGUCCUGCACAGUGUACCCUGGGUGCUAGUGCUGCUGGUCUGCGGAGCCCAAGGCUUCUUCCUGCCCAACGUCACACACUUAGAGGAGCUGCUCAGGAAAUACCAGCAGGACAAGCCCCACUCCCGCGUCCGGAGGGCCAUUCCUAGGUCGGACAGAGAGGAGAUCCUCAUGCUUCACAACCAACUGCGGGGCCAGGUGUCCCCGCCAGCCUCCAACAUGGAGUACAUGACCUGGGAUGAAGAGCUAGAGAAGUCAGCUGCAGCCUGGGCCCGUGAGUGCAUCUGGGAGCACGGGCCCACCAGCCUGCUGGUGUCCAUUGGGCAGAACCUGGCUGUGCACUGGGGCAGGUAUCGCUCUCCCGGCUUCCAUGUGCAGUCCUGGUAUGACGAGGUGAAGGACUACACCUACCCCUACCCCCACGAGUGCAAUCCCUGGUGUCCGGAGAGGUGUUCUGGGACCAUGUGCACCCACUAUACACAGAUCGUUUGGGCCACCACCACCAAGGUUGGCUGCGCUGUGAACACCUGCCAGAGGAUGAAUGUCUGGGGAGAUGUUUGGGAGAAUGCGGUCUACCUUGUCUGCAAUUACUCUCCAAAGGGAAACUGGAUUGGAGAGGCCCCCUACAGAACUGGCCGGCCCUGCUCCGAGUGCCCGUCCAGCUACGGAGGCAGCUGCAAGAACAACUUGUGUUACCGAGAAGAGACGUACAAUCAAAAACCUGAAACGGACGAGAUGAACGAGGUGGAGACGGCUCCCAUUCCUGAAGAGAAGCACGUCUGGGUCCAGCCAAGGGUGAUCAGACCUACGAAGCCCAAGAAAGUGUCCCCCGUGAACUACAUGAGUGAGUGGAACUCGGUGCUCUGUCCUCUGCUUGCCCUGGGAGCCGCCACUGAAGGGGCGGGUGGAGGAGGGGAGCUGCCUCUGAAAAGCAUCUUCUUUCUCUCCAUCAGGUACCAGUGCCCAGCAGGCUGCCUGCACAACAAGGCAAAGAUCUUUGGAACGCUCUUUUAUGAAAGCGCGUCCAGCAUCUGCCGAGCCGCCAUCCACUAUGGGGUCCUGGAUGACAAGGGAGGCCUGGUGGACGUCACCAGGAACGGGAAGGUCCCCUUUUUUGUCAAGUCCGAGAGGAACGGCGUGCAGUCUGUGAGCAAAUACAAGUCUUCCAGCUCAUUUACAGUGUCAAAAGUAAAAGUGCAGGACCUGGACUGCUACACCACGGUUGCCCAACUCUGCCCAUUUGAGAAGCUGGGGACCCACUGCCCAAGAGUUCGUUGUCCGGCGCACUGCAAAGAUGAGCCGUCCUACUGGGCUCCUGUGUUUGGAACCAACAUUUACGCAGAUACUUCGAGCAUCUGUAAGACGGCCGUGCACGCAGGAGUCAUCAAGAACGAGAGUGGGGGUUACGUGGAUGUGAUGCCCGUCGAUAAAAAGAAGACCUAUGUGGGCUCACUCAGGAACGGGGUUCAGUCUGAAAGCUUGAGGACUCCCCGGGACGGGAAGGCCUUCCGCAUCUUUGCCGUCAGGCAGUGAACUUCCAGGGCAGGGGAGAAGGGGGCGUCUUCAAGAGGGCUUUGGGGUUUCUCUUUUUAUUUUUAUUUUGUCAUUUGGGGGGUGGGCCGGGGAUAUAGAGAGUCAGGAAACUCCCUUUGAAUGGUUUUCAGUGUCACAUCCCCCAUGCCUCGGUCCCAGUUCCACCCAGUGGAUAAGCGGAGUCCUUGGGGUCCUGAGCAGACAGCUGGCAACCAUCCCACUGGGGGUCUCCACCAGGGGACACGCUCUGCAUGCAUUACCUGAGGCGUCCCUCCCCACGCAUCCUUUUGUGGGUUGGGGAGAGGAUUCCAAACCCGUGGAGACAGUAAAGGACUUGGAGCUCACACUGUGAGGCAUUCGGGGGCAUGAGAAGAGGUGAACUGAAAAUACUCAGGGGGAGUUUCGAGAAUGGAGUAGAAGGUAGCUAUUUAAAACAUUAAAAAAUACAAUCCGUCCCUACCAAUGGAGAAAAAUGGGUUUAAUGUUUGCUGGUCAGACAAAUGGGCCGGAACAAGGGGGCUCUGCCCUGGCACCUGUCCUGCUCCCAUCCUGCGUGCAGGCUGGUUCUCUAACACAGCAGUGCUGGUUUAUUUAGAGUUCAACAGUAACUCUAGAGGUGUAUCUUGUCUUAGUCCUUCCCUUCGUCCACGUGGCCUGUCUGUUUGCUGCCGUGACCUUUGGUCUCAUUGAGGACUAAGGAACCAGGACCCUUCCUCCCCUCCACCUCCUGUGGCUCACGCCUCGCCCAGACUAAUUUACAUCUCUCACCAGGGUCUUUGCUUGGCAAGCAAUUCUGUUUGAAGCCCACUUUUAUUUUUAAACUCCUCAUCUCUGUUGAUUCCACUGAGUUGUCUAAGAAUGGCCAAAGAAGGGCUGUUUUGUUGCUGCUUAAAAAAAAAAAAGGCAAUUAAUUGUGCCGAUUUCCCCAGCCAUCGGGUGACCUGUUUUUUAGCAAUGGGAGGAAUGGAUUCAUUCCUUUCUACAUUCCUCGCCGAGGUUAGCAGCUCUGGGAAGAGGAACAGCCUGUGGUUAUGAAACCGUCCUGCGGCGUAAUAACAACAAGAGAUGGUGACACACUAGAAGGAUUUCUCUUCCUGUUUUUGUGGAACUGCUCUUGCCAAAUGUUCCCGAGGCUCCGAGGAGUGCGGUGCUCCCUGGCUCCCAUCAGUGUAUAUAAAACUUCUUCCUAAGCCUAGACUCAAAACCCACAGUGAAACAAAAUACCCUUUUGUAAAUAGCAUUUCUUUGCAGAAGGUAAAAUUCUACCCUCCACCACCAGGCUAACCAAUAUAUUAUUACUUUUGUGAAUGCCGGUUUCAAAUGUGAAUUCACCCUCCAUCAAAAUAUUUCGAAGGCGAAAAAACUAGCAGAAAGUGAAAAGAUAGUCUGGACAAGGAACUCUACCUGGAGGAUGAAGUUGGUGGGAUGUUUGAGUGUGUCGCUCAUUAGUGCAGAAAUGAAGGUAAUUAGCUUUCCCCUAUUUAGGGAGUUUGUAGAAGCAGCGAACCCCCUAGUUUGACAAAACUGAAAUUAGCAGGAGUGUGUUUUUGCUGUGUGCACUGUGGGCUUGUAAUUCACAAGCACUGACUGUUCAACUCCAAAUGUCAGAGCGGAAGAAUUUGGUCAGCCUGUCUGAUACUGUGUCUAGCUCCCGCCAAAGAUCUGAGUCCUUGGAAACUUCUGAGUGCUAGAUAUUAUGCUGUUGGGCUUCUGCUGGUCACCAACCUUUUAUGGCCGUGGCCACGUCCAGACUGCAAGGUUGGGGUUUUAGAAUUAGUGAUGAUCCAGGGGAAUUUCAGUGAGUCUGCUUUUGAAGCAUCCUUCCGGAGGGAAAAUAUGCAACUUCUGAUAUGAGUUGACCCUAUCAUUUGAAGAUAAAACUGCGUGCCUCAUUAACCGGCCCAUUUGAUGGGCUAGAAACUCCUCAUCCAGAGCCAGACCUUGCUGUCUUUUUCACCCUCACAAACAUUUUGAAACUGGAAUCCUUUUUCCUCCAAAAGUGGACACAGGGCUACAAAGCAUAAGCCCUUGUCAUCAGAGACCACCUCUAAUUUGGUGUGUUUUAUAGGACCCAUCGUGUAAUCAACACUUCACCCAUAAAAAGAUGAUAAAUCAAAGAACAACCACAACAAAAAUAAUAAAUCAGGCCAACAGUAUUACUGGGCCCCCAAAUGAAAAGUUUCUGUUUCCUUCCGAUUUUUGCCCCAUUGUGUUCUGAUUUAUCAUACUGUCUGUAGGCUCACUCAGCCCGCAGCUUACGUGUGUGCUUUUUUCUAUGAAAAAUGAUGUAUUUUACUACUUCCUGUGUACAAAAGUUUACUGUAAAGUUUUCGUGUGCUUCGCAUGAACAGGGACCACGUUGCUGUUGUUUCAAUAAAACUGGUUUGAUUUCUAAAA